UAUCGUGGGCGGGAUAAUACAUUCAAACGAUACACAAGGAUUAAGGAUACAUAUUUAAAUUUCUCCUUCACCGACCAAAUUUUCCCGUCCGACUCAAAUCGGCAAAUCCUCUCUUCAGAUUCUCCAUUAUUAGCCUUUCAGUUAUCACCUCUACAAUCAUCAAGAAAUGAAGUCUAGAUCUCAAGAAAAACAAGAGAACCAGAAGAAGCAAUGGUCGUUGCAAGACUUCGAGAUCGGAAAACCACUCGGGAAAGGAAAAUUUGGGAGAGUCUAUCUCGCCAGAGAAGUAAAGAGCAAAUAUAUAGUGGCACUGAAGAUAAUUUUCAAGGAACAAAUAGAAAAAUACAAGAUUCAACACCAAUUACAGAGAGAAAUGCAGAUUCAGACGAGUCUUCAUCAUCCGAAUAUUCUGCGUCUCUACGGUUGGUUUCACGACAAUGAACGCAUUUUCUUGAUACUGGAGUAUGCUCACCGCGGCGAGCUUUAUAGAGAGCUUAAAAAGAAAGGUUAUCUCAGUGAGAAGCAAGCUGCAACGUAUAUUGCAAGUCUCACAAAUGCGUUGGCUUACUGUCAUGAGAAAGAUGUGAUUCACAGAGAUAUCAAGCCAGAAAAUUUAUUGCUUGAUCAUGAGGGCCGACUGAAGAUUGCUGAUUUUGGGUGGUCUGUGCAAUCUAGGAGCAAGAGGCACACAAUGUGUGGAACUUUGGAUUAUCUGGCUCCAGAAAUGGUGGAGAAUAAAGCUCAUGACUAUGCUGUUGAUAACUGGACUCUGGGGAUACUGUGCUAUGAGUUCCUAUAUGGUGCACCUCCAUUUGAGGCUGAGUCUCAAAGGGAUACAUUCAGAAGGAUCAUGAAAAUUGAUCUGAGUUUCCCUUCUGAACCUCCAGUGUCUGCAGAAGCCAAAAACCUCAUCAGCAGACUUCUGGUGAAGGACUCUUCAAAGAGGCUCUCCCUUCAGAAGAUCAUGGAGCACCCUUGGAUAAUCAAGAAUGCAGAUCCUAUGGGAAUCUCCAGGAAGUAACAUUUUCUAAUAACCUAACUAAUUAGAUUUUUGUACGUAACAUUUGUAUUUUGGGAAAGAAAUUUUUUCUCAGGUUGAUAAAGCUCCAAAGUAAAUGAUUCUACAAUUGGAAACCUAACUCUAAGUUUAAAAUAUGCAUCAGCUUUCUUACUUUGUUCAUAUUAUAUCUGCAACUGUGUAUUCAGAUGCAGGCAUUUAGAAAUUGUCCAAAUAUAUGGCCUUCUAUUUUGUGUAUGCUUUUGACUACUA